AUGAAAAAAAUACAAAAAAAUAUUUUAGUUCAGAAAUUUGUUAAUCCUCUUAGAAAACAAAGCGUACAUCAGCAUCUGUUAUACCUAAUCAAUAUUUUUUUUUCUGAAAUAAAGAACUUAAGGUAUCGUAAAUAUCAACAAACAAAACAGAAACGUUUUGCAUCCUACAGUUCUUUACGAAAUAAAGAUAAAAUCGAUAAUUCUGAUUCAUAUUUUAUUGUGGAUACUGAUGAUGAAGAUGGUGAAAACACUGGUGUUGGUAUUCAAAAUAAAGAUGGUAGUUUAGGAAAUCUUGUUAGUAUGAGUGCAAUUACACGUCUAGUAAAACGUCCACAUCAAACAAAAGCUGAUCGAAUGGAAUCCAUUGAAGAAGGUCGAAUUGGACGAGAAAAAUAUGGUUUCAAGGUGAAUCGAUUAAAUGCAUAUGCCAGUACAACAAAUCGUGAAAAAUUAAAAAAUAAAACAUUUCAAAUGAUUAAACAUAAAAUUCGAGGUAAAGCAAAACGUAGUUUUCAACAAAAACAAAUUGCAUUAAGAGAUCAUUUAAAGAAGUUAAUGAAACGUUCACGAUAA